AUAGUAAAGUGCUCUCUGUCUGUUCUGGGCGAUCAUCUUCAGUAUGGCAGGGGAAAAUGGAAGGGGACACAGGUCCCGUCAAACUGUGGUAGUCAUAUUGGUCCUGUGCUCUUUGGCACCGAGUUUAACUUGUUUUAGUUUGCGAGGGCUGAGCAAAAGAGUUAAGCAGGACAAGGUAGUUGAUGAGGCUACAGUGAUGGAAGUACAGACUGGACGCAUUCUCUUCAAUGGGAAAGAGCUUAACUCCCAGUCAGGGUCCGCCUCUGCAGCUGCCACAGGAAAGGAUGGAUUGCUGCAUGUUGAGUCGGAUCAAUCAGAUGGCACAGGUUGGUUAAGAGGACAAUGGCAAGAUAUGGAUUCCAGAGAAGCAUCAUGGAGGCGCAUGGCUUCUUCUCUGUAUUGUGGUGGAGACCACUUGAAGUUCAAAGCAGUGGGACCGGGAGCUUCACAGUUUACAGUGGACCAAGGAAAUGCACCUCCAAUGCCUCUGUCCCAGAUCCCUUCCACCUGUGGCUACAGCAUGCAGAGAAACUCUCUUGCACUUGUUAUGUUGGUUCCCUAUGAUGGCUGCAACAUGAUUCAAGAGGGUGGAAGUUACAUGCUCCCAAUGCGUUGGCAAGGAGUUCCAGUGUCACUCUGGUGUCCCAAAACUGCAACACCUGCUCCCGCAACUGCUGCGCCGACCGCAACUGCUGCGCCGACCGCAACUGCUGCGCCGACCGCAACUGCUGCGCCGACCGCAACUGCUGCGCCGACCGCAACUGCUGCGCCGACCGCAACUGCUGUCCCAAGAACAACAAAGAUGCCUAAAUUUCCACAGUACCCCCCUUUCUUCCCUUAUCCUUACUUUCCUCCCCCUCCGCCAACCGCAACCGCUGCGCCAACCGCAACCGCUGCGCCAACCGCAACCGCUGCGCCAACCGCAACCGCUGCGCCAACCGCAACCGCUGCGCCAACCGCAACUGCUGUGCCAACAACAAAGAUGCCUAAAUUUCCACAGUACCCCCCUUUCUUCCCUUAUCCUUACUUUCCUCCCCCUGCGCCAACCGCAACUGCUGCGCCAACCGCAACUGCUGCGCCAACCGCAACUGCUGUGCCAACAACAAAGAUGCCUAAAUUUCCACAGUACCCCCCUUUCUUCCCUUAUCCUUACUUUCCUCCCCCUGCGCCAACCGCAACUGCUGCGCCGACGGCAACUGCUGUGCCAACAACAAAGAUGCCUAAAUUUCCACAGUACCCCCUUUCUUCCCUUAUCCUUACUUUCCUCCCCUGCGCCUAACCGCAACUGCUGCGCUAAC